GAAAAUUUUUUUAUUUACAGAAUUAUUUGACAAUUUUAUGCAGCAAGACGCCCACGAAUUUUUUAAUUUUUUGUUAAAUGCAAUAUCUGAAGUUUUGGCAGAAGAAAAAAGGAAAGAGCACACUAAUGGAAAUAUUAGUAGCAGAACUGCUAAUGGACUAACAAAACGAUCAAAUUUAGUAACGGCAAAUGUUCAUGAUUACUCUGCUAGCACAGAUGGUGUCAGACAAGACUUGACUUGGAUCCAUGAAAUCUUUCAAGGGACACUUACAAAUGAGACUAGAUGUUUAAAUUGUGAGACGGUUAGUAGUAAAGAUGAAGAUUUUCUUGAUUUGAGUGUUGAUAUUGAACAGGAUGUUUCUAUUAGUAAUUGUUUGCGCAAUUUUUCUAAUAUGGAAACCCUUUGCGGUGAUCAAAAAUAUUUAUGUGAAACUUGUGGAAGUAAACAGGAAGCCCAAAAACGAAUGCGAAUAGGAAAAUUACCAAAAUUGUUGGCAUUGCAUUUGAAACGAUUUAAAUAUGUUGAGACUUUGAAUAGACACACAAAGCUUUCUUAUAGAGUUCUUUUUCCUAUGGAGCUUAGAUUACCUAAUGUUAAAAGCACCAAUGGCGAUGCUGAUAAAAUUUUUGAUUUGGUUGCUGUUGUUGUUCAUUGUGGUUCAACUCCAAAUCGAGGACAUUAUAUAACUUUGGUUAAAUCUCAUUAUUAUUGGUUACUUUUCGACGACGACAUUGUUGAUAAAUUAGAGGAAUCUUCAAUUGAAGAUUUUUUUGGAUUAGCUGAAUCAAAUGUACAAAAGAAUUCAGAAUCUGCAUAUAUUCUCUUCUAUCAACAAAGAAAUGAGACUUAA